AUGCGUUUUGCUGCCUUUGUCCUUGCUGCCCUUGGGGCGAACACUGCUGCCGCAUACUGGCUGCAGGACAUCACCCACAAUGGCAAAUCCCCCUACAACUCCGACUCCAACUACGUCGUCUGGCGCGAUGUCAAACAGUACGGCGCCAAGGGUGACGGAACUACCGACGACACCGCCGCCAUCCAGCACGCCUUGACCGAUGGCGAUGGGUGCGCCGAGGCGAGCUGCGGAGGCAGCACGGCGUACCCCAAAGUCGUCUACUUCCCUCCCGGCACGUACAGCGUGACGAGCAGGCUCAAAGUUUCCAUGUACACCCAGAUGGUCGGCGACCCUACGAACCGCCCGACCAUCUCCGUGCCGCAUACGUAUGGCGACCAGUAUGUCAUCGAUGGAUACCCCAGUGACGGCGGCUACUGGAACAGAGCCGCGGCCACGCUGAACUUCCAGAAGAGCAUCGAGAACAUCAUCAUCGACACCACGGCCGUCGGCGGCGGGUUCGCCUUCAGCCAGAUCAACUGGGCCGUCGCGCAGGGCACCGCGUUGCGCAACAUCGACUUCAACAUGGCUGCCGGCUCCAAGCAGACCGGUAUUUCCAUGGAGGGAGGCAGCGGCGGCGGCGGUUCCGGCACCUUCAUGGGCGACCUGACCUUCAACGGCGGCCAGACGGGCAUCAACCUCAGCAACCAGCAGUUCCACAUCAAGAACGUCGUCUUCAACGGCGUCACCACCGGCAUCUACGUUGACCACUGCUUCAUCGCCGUCCUGCAGGGCAUGCAGUUCAACAACUGCACCACAGGCGUCGACGCUGGCAACGCCAACUCCAUCUCCCUGAUCGACUCCUCGUCCUCGGGCACCGACACCGUCGUCAGCGCCACGAAGCAGUCGCCCAGCAACACCCGCUCCAUCGUCAUUGAGAACCUCGAUGCCACGGACGCCCAGACCAUCGUCAAGCGCAGCGACAACGGCCAGGUCCUCCUUGACGGUGGCCAGGGCCAGCAGACCGUCGCUAGCUUUGUGCGCGGCGCCACCUUUGACUUGUCCUUCAACAAGAACUUCACCGGCGGCAGCCUUGACGUGAACCCCCCGCAGAGGCCCAGCUCAAUGCUGCAGAAUGGCAAGUACACGACCAAGCAAAAGCCCACCUUCCCCGACACGCAGGCGGCCGAUGUGGUCAACGUCCGCGACGAGGGCGCCAAGGGUGAUGGUAGCACCGACGACCUCCAGGCCCUGCAGACUGCGAUCAACAACAACGUCGGAAAGAUAAUCUACUUCCCGUACGGGGUCUACCGCAUCACUGAUACCCUCAACGUCCCUGCCGGCUCCAUCCUUAAGGGUGAGGCCUGGCCCACCAUCCGUGCCGCCGGUCCCUCUGCCUGGAAGGACCAGAGCAACCCCAAGGCCGUGGUCCAGCUCGGUUCCCAAAACGGCGGCAACGUGUCCAGUUCAUGGACUUUGUGGUCGAGGUCGGUCACGUCUACGAGGGUGCCAAGCUCAUCGAGGUCAUCAGCGAGGCCGAUGUGUUCGAUGUCGUUGCCCGUAUCGGCGGCUCGCAAGCCAGCACCGCUCUCUCUUCUCAGUGCAACGACGAGUCAAACCCCUGCCGAGCUGCCUUUAUGGCCCUCCACAUCACCCCGACCGGAUCCGGUUACUUCGAAAACGUCUGGGGCUGGAGCGCCGACCACGCCAUUGAUGGCGGCGGCGUCCAAGCUGUCGGCAGCGGCCGUGGUGCCCUGA